UCAAGGGGGAGCCUACUGAAGAAAGGGGAGCUUGGGCUAUGCUAACAAAGGGCAGCAGGAACUGAAAAUGAUUUGAGUGGGUUUGGAAAACUGCUGUGAUGUAUGUUCUUUGUGAGGCAUUAUUUCUGAGAGCAGAAAGAAACACUUCCUGAAUACGUCUGUUUUUUUCAUUCUUCCUGGUCAGUCUGUCCCGAAGAACACACGAAGAUCAGACUGAACCUACCUUUCCGAUAUUUGUACAGCAAUUAAAAACAACUCUCCAAAUGAAGUGUGAAAAUUGCACAAAGAAGGAAUGUAUUAAAAAAACAAAAAUUGACGACCAUCAGAGUAUAUCAGUUGAUACACUGAACUUUUAUAGUGAACAUGAAGAGAAAAGUGAAUUCCAUAAGUUGGCUGAUGCUAAAAUAUUUCUCAGUGAUUGCCUGGCAUCAGACACUUGUGUUACAGCUGAGGAAGGAAUAAGAGUUUUCCAGCAGAAUCAGAAGGAGUUUUUUCGAAUACUGAACCUUAAUAAGAAAUGUGAUUCUUCACACCACAAAGUGUUGGCAGUGUCUAUAUGCCCUCAGUCUUUGCCUUAUUUUGCUGCUAAGUUCAAUCUUAGUAUAACUGAUGCAUCAAAAAGACUCUGUGGUUUCCUAAAAAGUCUUGGUGUUCAUUAUGUUUUUGAUUCAGCAAUAGCUGCUGAUUUCAGUAUCCUGGAAAGUCAGAAAGAAUUUGUAUAUCGAUAUCGCCAGCAGAACCAAAAGGAACAUUCUUUACCCAUGUUUGCCUCUGCCUGCCCAGGUUGGAUCCGGUAUGCAGAAAGAGUGUUGGGUAAUCCAGUUACACCACAUAUAUGUACUGCAAAAUCCCCCCAACAGAUCAUGGGAUCACUAGUGAAGGACUACUUUGCCAGACAGCAGAACUUGUCUCCAGCUAAAAUUUUCCACAUCAUUGUGGCCCCUUGUUAUGACAAGAAACUGGAAGCACUUAGAGAAGAUUUUUACACUGCUUCAUAUAAUUCUCAUGAUGUUGAUUGUGUGUUAACAUCAGGUGAAAUUAUCCAGAUUAUGGAGCAAAAAAAAGAAUUGGUGAAAGAAGCUGCAGUAGACAAUCUAUUUGGUGAGAUAAAGGAGGGAGACAUAGUGCAAGAUGGUCGGACCAGGUCAGAUGGUUAUUUGGAACACAUCUUUAAAUAUGCAGCCAAAGAACUAUUUGAUAUGGACAUCAAGGAAAUCACUUACAAAGCACUGAAAAACAAGGACUUCCAGGAGAUCUCUCUGGAAAAAAAUGGGGAAAUAGUGCUACGAUUUGCUGCUGCUUAUGGUUUUCGAAAUAUCCAGAACAUGGUCCUAAAACUUAAAAAGGGGAAGUUCCCCUAUCAUUUUGUAGAGGUCCUGGCCUGUCCUGGAGGAUGCUUAAAUGGCAAAGGCCAAACUCAAACUGAAGAUGGAAAACCAGAUAAGGCACUGCUGAGACGAAUGGAAGAAGUAUAUGCUGAGAUCCCUGUGCAGCUCCCAGAAACUAACACACAUGUGCAGAGGCUAUAUCAAGAAUGGCUAGAUGGUAUAGACUCCCCAAAGGUCCUGGAAGCCUUACACACCACUUACAGUGCUGCUGAACCCCCCACAGACAACGUGGAUAUCAAGUGGUGACAACGAAGUUGGUAAAAGAACUUACUCAGUAGGACUUUUGUGACACUGGAAAAAUUCUAUGCAAUCAGGAACACUUUCUUUGAACAGGGAAGUACAUUUCCUUAAGUAUGAAGAAGCUUUUUUUCUCUCUCUUAAAUUCCAAAUAUUGUUGUGUUUUGUUUCUGAAAAGCCUAUGGUCCCUUAUGUCCUGUAUUUUCUUACUUAAUUAGCUUGGUGCUGUCCUAAGGAUUAAAGAUCCAAGAUAAAAGGGCAUUGAAUGGUGCUCCCUUAGCCAAGACCAAAAUUUAAAUUUUUUUUUUUUUGUAACAUGAAGCUUAUAAUGUGUUAAAGAGAAAUGAUUGAAAAUGCUCCAUGUAAUCCCCUGCAAAAUCCUUAACCCAAAGAUGAAUAAUCUAAUGCAAUGCCAGGAAUAAAAGAGGUGGUUUUACUAUCAAAUGAAAUGGAUUUUCAGAUCCAAAACUGCAUCAUUAACAAAUACUUGAAGGGCAAAGAAUUUUCUCUCAUUGGGGAAUGAGGCAGAAGAGAAAACAGGAUGUGAGUAUAGGGGCUUAGAGCUUCUCCGAGGAAUCAAGGACUAGAGGGAAUAAAGAGGUGGAGGGCCCACAAUGAAAGCUUGUGGGAAUUAGGACAGAGGCUGCUAAGGGCCUGUAGGUGGAGGGGAUGGGGCAAUAUGGGGCUUCUGAAGUCAUUGUAUUGAAAAGGGAAGAGAUACAACUUUUAAAGGGCAGAAGACAUCAUUGGUCAGAGAAAAGGAAAAGUGUAGCUCAGCCAAGUGCCCACAGUAGAAAAUCUUUUAAAGGGGGUGGGUAGUAUGGAAAGGAAUUGUCAUAAAUAGGCAAAUGGGGUUUGAGGAUGUUUAGGCUCCUGGGUCCUGUGCAUAGGGCUGUGCAUUACUGACAUAGAGCAGGAGCCUAAGGACCUCAUAGAAAGUGAAGACACACAGACUGGGAGAGAAUCCAAGAGGUUGGGGGCCCUCUCGAAACCUACCUCCUAGCCUCCAUUUUGGUACAUAGCCUCUGUGUAGGACCCUGAGGAAGUUGAGGGCAGUUACAGUUCCAAUGAAUAAUUCAUGAAACCAGUUAUCGAAGUCAACAUUGCAUUUGACUAUGUUGGUGAAAGAGAGUGGAAAUAUCAAUAAUCCUAUAACUUAAGGAGAAUAACCUGGGUUCCACUAUAAUCUUUGAGACACUAAAUAAGCAGGAUUGCUUAAAUUAAAUGUCCUCAGGAUUUCAGUAGAAGACAAUGGGGGUUGAAAUGAAAGAAUAAAUAUGAAUUUAAGACAGAUGUUGACUAUCUUUUAGCAAAGAUGUGCUUCUCCAAAGUACUUGGACAAAGCUUUGUAAUCAUAAUUGGACCUAUAAAAGUAACUUAGAUUUUCUACUUAGAAAUACUCCCAAUUUUAUGUUUUAAUUAAAAUACUCUAUAAGGCCCUCCACAAAGAAAUGCCCAUCAGAAUCUAUAGUCAGAAUAAGAAGCAAUUGUUGAAAAUGGAAAAGAGCAUUGGUAUGGGAAUAAGGAAACCUUGGUCUUAGUUUUGACUGCUGCUGUAUGACAAUGAGCAAAUCAUUUUCACCUCCAUUUCCUUAUCAAUAAAAUGAUGGAAUUAAAUUAGUUGAUCUCAGAAAUCCCUUUCAACUCCAACAAUUUUGAUUCUAUUUCACAGUCCCACUUUUUUUUUAAGUCUCAUCUUUGCCUUCCUUCCUCUCCACCACUCCAUUGGCUCCAAAUCAAAAGUUUUUUUUAUCUCUUUCAAGCAAGUGAAAUUAAUUUAUCUGCCUACUCAUGCUCCAUAUGCUAUUUGUAUAAGCAUAGUUUUGUUCUCAUCCACUCCAAGUACUGAUGGUUAUGGCCUUUCUCUUCCCAAAGAGAAAUUUAGAGACCAGGGGGUGGGAGUGGGGGGAGAUAAUAGCUCUAAGGAGUUAGUUGCAAGAAAGUAGUCUGGAAAUACACAAUUCAAAUAAUCUUUUAACUGGACUCAGUAAAUUAUGUAAAACAACCAGACCUAUGAAUAAACCUAAAUUUCCUGAACCAGCCUUUUUAAGAUUGUCAAAAUACUUUUGCUUUCAAUCCUUAUAUUUAUGGUGAUCCUGUAGACCCUCAGUAUAACUACAACCUUCUAUGAUUAGAUAUUAGAUUAUCCAUAUGUUUUAUGCACCUGCAUUUCUUCAUAUGAUGGGUGAUUAUAUAUAGUGAUAAAUUAUAUAUUUUGGACCUAUUACAUGCGUGGUUUUUGUUUUGUCCUAUUUUUUUUUUCCUCUGAGCGCAACUCUCUAAUAAAACUUAAGGGAUAAAUUUGGAGAACUUAAUUGAAUUUAGAUAUAAUUCUUCUCAGCAGAGGUUGGAACCUGGAACCAGAUUUAACAAACAAAUCAACAAAUAUUAUUAAGUACUUACUUUUUGCCAGGUACUUUUCUAAGUACCUAUGAUUAUGAAGAAAAAGAAAAGCAAAAACAGAUCUAUGGCAUUUCACAUCUUUUAAAUUCAGGCCCAAAUGACUUCUCCAUGCAGAACUAUAGCCUGGAAACAAGAUGAAGAGGACCAGCAGACAAAGAAACUGUUUAGUAAACUCUUCUCAGCAGUCCUGGAAUAUCAAAACCCAGCACUGGUUAUACAUGUCAACAUCUUCAUAUUGUUCCUAAUGCUAUUGUUUUUAAACAAAUCAAGGAGGCUAUUUUUAAUAAUUAAUGUCAAGGGAUGAAAAUGGACUGACUUAGAAUAAAUCUUCUUCACAACAGCUAGCACAUAUCCCAACUUCCUACUCCUCAUAGAGGUGCCUAAGGUAAAGACAACGUGUUGUGGCCCAGUGGGCUUAGAGCCUCUCCAUUUUCAUCUCUUGAGGGGUGUAGAAUGAUUUUUGCCACAUUGUUAAUCCUGCCUUUAUAUGUUCUGUUGCUUCUGUUUGAAUAACAGAAAUCUAGGUACAAAGGAUAAAGUAAAAAUAGAGCUUUUCUCCCCUUUGAUUUUAUUAUUUUGAAGAUAAGUGGUCCUCUAUAUUAUAAUGUAUUCUUGGUAGUGCUACUUUCAAUAUAUUCUGUGAUCAUUUCAUAAAGAGGUAGGGCAAAGCUAUUGAGGAGACUUUUAUCAUCUUUUAGAAAGGAGUAUAGAGGUAACUUCCUACAGAUUCCUGGACAACCUAUGUAUACUUUGGUGUUUGUAGUAUAUUGUAUAAAAAGGCAAAAUAAACUUAGACCUGUGCUAUCAGA